CGCCAGUGGUAUCCUACGUCCAUAUGGUCUCUGCCCUUUGGCCGAUGCUUGGAGAAGAGCGUUGUAGCAGGGUACCUAAAAGAUUAUGCAGAAUUUCAAUUUACUUCAGACAGCAAACAAGAUAUCUUAAAUGCAUUUAUUAAAGUAUUUAAGAGAAUUGGCGAAUCGGGUACAAUAAAUAUCGAUUCGGCACUAUCAUGGGUUUUUUUGGCCUUCUUAUUUUCCCCAUUUGAAAAUAUUAACCAAACUAAUUAUAAUUUUAUAGACAUCUUGAGAGAUCACUUGAAAAUAAUGACACAGAUCAUCCUCAGAUCACCUGAUUCUGAAGGUUCCAUAAAAGCGAAGAGGUCAUCUUAUCUUGUUUAUUUCAUUGGACCUGGUGAAAUUAAUUGGGAACUAAAAGAAGAUUCUACCGUGAAAUGCAAUUCAAAGGAGAUCUUAAGUACCGAUGAAGAGUUGUUGCUUUUGGAUGAAGAGAAUCCGCAAGGACUUUAUGAAUGUUUUGAUGAUGA